AGUCUCUUGGGUUAUAAUUAACAUUUAUUAUUGUUUUAAUUUCUUCAUAGUUUGUGGUAAAAAUAUUUUAGCUUAGCUUUAGCGCUAUGAGAUGGAAUUAGCGCAAUCUUUAAAUGCAUUAGAUAUAAAGGCUGCCACUAACAUCGAAAUAUUCGCCGCUUUGAUACAAAAUCAGCAUACGGACUUUGUGAUUUGUACUUUUCGUAACAGUGUGACUUACAUUAUAACACAAUAUGGGAAAAUAGGUAAUCUGUAUUUGGUUGAGAGGGAAAAACUCGAGAACGGACUUUUUGAUGCUAAACCGAUCUACAGUGUUCGUACUUUGCUGGGAGGCGAUAAUAUAGAAAGCGAAGUGGCCGCACGUUACAUUACAGAGCAGUUAAAAAUAGCCAAACCGGUUGUUUUCAGUUUAACUCUUAAAGAUUUCAGCUCUGAUACUCUUAAAAAUAUUGUGCAGGCUAUUCAGAACUACCACAAAUAAUGGCUUUGCUAAAGAAGACAAAGUUAAGCGAGAGCUUUUUUGGACAGGUAGUUAUCGGGCCUCCGGGAGCAGGCAAAACUACCUACUGUGGAAAAGUAUAUGACUUUUACAUAAAGAAACUAAAUCGUAAAGUUGAAGUUGUUAACCUUGAUCCAGCCAAUGAAAAUAUGCACUAUAAUCCUAAAAUUGAUGUAAUGAAACUCAUCACUGUCGAAGAAGUUAUGGUUAAUUUAAAAUUAGGUCCAAACGGGGCUCUUAUGUACUGCAUGGAGUAUUUAGAAGAAAAUUUUGAUUGGCUAUUAAUCCAGCUGGCUCAGGUUAAAGAUAGCUACCUUAUUUUUGAUAUGCCAGGGCAAAUUGAACUUUACACUCAUCAUGAAACAAUUAAAAAUGUGUUUCAGAAAUUAGAAAGGUUAGGAUAUCACUUGUGUGCUGUUCAUUUAGUAGAUUCUCAUUACUGCUCUGAUCCAACCAAAUUUAUUUCGACUUUGCUGCUAUCUUUGUCCACUAUGAUGCAUAUCGCUUUACCCCAUGUAAAUGUUCUAAGCAAGGCAGAUCUCUUGAAAAAAAAUGCUGCAAAAUUAGAUUUUGGGAUAGAUUUUUAUGCUGAUGUAUUAGAUUUAGAUUAUUUAUUAGAACUCUUGGAUGAUGGUUACAUUACAAAAAAAUACAAGAAGCUAAACUCCGCAAUUGUUGGGUUAAUACAGGAUUAUGGUUUAGUGAGCUUUAGUCUUCUGGAUGUUAAUUCUGACAAAAGCCUUCUGGAUUUGAAAAGUGCCAUAGAUAAGGCAAAUGGGUAUAUCUACGGAAGUGGCGAAGAGAGAAGUAUACAGGCACUUCUUUCAUGUGCUGUUGGGGCCAGAACUGAAUCAGAACGUUUUGAUGCUGAUUACAUGUAAUUUGUAUUUAAAUCUAUUGUCCUUUUGAUAUACAAUAAACCUAUCAAAAAUCACAUAAAUUGCAAAUUUAUUACAAAAACAAACUAAUUUAAAUUUUGAUCAAUAUCUACACUGAAUUUAUUUUGCUGCUGGUU